AUGGAGUCAAGCACGGGGACUGACCAACCUCCCCCGGUGGGGAAGAAGGAGAAGAGGUUCCAAUGUCAGCAUUGCCAACGUCUGUUCGCUCGUCUCGAGCACCUGCAGCGGCACGAACGGAUUCGUAAUGAUUUGCUUGUUCGCCAUGAACGAUUGACCCACCACAAGGAGAACGGCCAGAAGACCCAUCAAGGUUCCAACGGUAGCUAUGCGCCUACGGAACCAAGGCCGCAGAAACGCAUGCGGACAAGUUUUGAUGGUGGAAGACCCGUGCCGGAGAUACCCAGCAUGAUGUCAACUCCUGCAGCCCCGACAGGCACGAUGAAUGUUGACAUGUCACACCCGCAGCCACCUCAACCGCCAACCCCUGCUGGGGCUCCGAGUGGUCCACAGAACGAUGAAUUCUCCCUAGCUGCUCUGUCUAUGGCCGCCGAGUACCAGUCGAUGCAUGGGACAUUGACCAAUGGCACCACUCCGCAUCAUGAUCUCCAAGCCCCGAUCCCAAUACCAGAUCCGAACAUGGCAACCACAGUGGAACAACCCUCCAUCCCUACAGCACCUACUCAUGUCCAUGGCCCGAGCCUCGGCGAAUCAUUGGAUAGUUUAGCUUCUUUUCUGGACAAUGAGCCCCUUUCCUCAUACCACUUCUCCUCACUAAUCAACACUGAACAACCAAUGCCCUUUUUUUCUCCCGAGUCGUUCAGCUAUGGUCAUGAUUUCCUUCCUCCUCCUGAAACCCCUGCAGGAUCAGGUCUUAACCACGGCCAUCAUCAUCUAGAUGAGCCUCACUCGUUCUCACGGUUUGGGUCCCGGCUACCUUCGCUACAGCCGGAGGAUUUUCAUCAGGAUGAAGGCACCAGCUGGCGCCCCCUUGCUGAAGUCUCGAUCGAGGACCGACAGAAAAUCGUUGAUAAGCUUAAUGAAUUCUCUAGUUUCCUGCCGGCCGACUUCAAAUUACCCACGCGACUGGCACUCUGCCGCUACAUUGCUGCAUACAUCAACGGAUUUCACGAGCAUAUGCCUUUCUUGCACAUCCCCACGAUGUCAGUCGAUACUUGCUCUAUUGAGCUCAUUCUAGCAAUCGCUGCUGUUGGUGCUCAGUAUACCUUUGAAGGAGAGAAAGGCGUUGAACUUUUUAACGCUAGUCGUGCGAUUGCGACUUAUCGAAUACGAAGAAGGGAUGCUCGUCUGGUCGAGUUUCAUCGUCGCGCGGAGUCAGAUCGAUCCUCUUCACAUGACGUCGAUGGCGCAUCGGCAACCAGAAGUCCUCCGCGCACUUGUUCAACUGUCGGACCGUUAGGUCUGCCAUCCGAAUCAGAGGUCUCCCAUAUCGGAGAAGACCUCAUGCAGACUGCGCAAGCGCUUCUUUUGCUUAUGGCACUAUGUACAUGGGCAAAGCAUAAAGAGAUUCUUCGGGAAGCAUUGGCGAUUCAAAGCAUUCUCGCGACCCUUAUAAGAGACGACGGUCUCCAGCUAGAACCUUUACAGGAAGAAAUAUCCUGGGAGGACUGGAUUCGGCGGGAAACAACGAAAAGAACAAAAUUCAUUGUCUACGGAUUUUCGAAUCUUCAUUGUAUCGUCUAUAACAUACCUCCAUUCAUCCUAACCUCCGAAGUCAAGCUUACGCUGCCAUGCAGUGCACUAGAAUUCAAGGCAUCCACAGCCGCUGCUUGGAAAGAAGCUAGGAAGAAAAGUGCCCCUGAGAUUCUCUUUCAAGAUGCCCUACAGAAGCUAUUCUCUAAGAACGGACGGGAUAUCACGGAAUGGAAUUCUAGCUCGGGGAAUUACGCACUAAUACACGCGCUGAUUCAACACAUAUUCUUCGUUCGCCAAGUAGCAAGGUGUCGCUUUGAUGGACCUGGAGAGCUCAGUCAAGAAGACGUGUCUUCACUCGAGAACGCGCUCCGGAAUUGGCAAAUUGGAUGGAAGAACAACCCUGAAUCAUCUCUUGACCCGAUGAGCCCGAAUGGCCCUGUGGCUUUCAAUUCCACUGCUCUGCUUCGCCUAGCAUACAUCCGUUUGUACGUGGAUACAGCUGGGCGUGCUUUGGAUACGCGUGAUCCUGCGCUGAUCGCAAACGCAUUUCGUGAUGGCCCAGCGAUCAAGCGAUCUCCUAAAAUCACCAGAGCCGUGCUUCACUCAGCGCAUGCGCUUAGCAUCCCGGUAAAGAUUGGAUACAGACUAGUUGCCAAGACUCAGUCAUUCAUCUGGUCCAUCCAACAUUCGCUAUGUACGUUGGAGUGUGCAUAUCUGUUGAGUAAAUGGCUCGAGGCAUUAUCUACCCCUAAUCCCGAACCCCCAGUCACAGAGGAUGAGCGAAGGAUAACAUCCAUCGUUAAGAGCAUGCUGGACGAAACAGAGUUUGCACUGCCGCCUGAUGUUCCGGUUGAAUCCCCCGCAUAUACCAAAUACCUAAGUGCCGGAGUCCUCAGAGUCUGGGCUACCAUAUUCAAAGGUGCACAGACAUGGGCUAUUGUAGAUGUUAUCGGGAGUGCGCUCAAUCUCUACGCGGACAUGUUGGAGUCAGGUUGA